GGGGCGUUAGAACCUGACAUCGUUUCGUGCUUAGGGCCAAGCCCUCUUGUUGCCCUGGGGCUGGGAGUGACGUUGGUUGACCUCCGCGGAUGUGCUUGGGUUGGACUUCCGGGUUAUAAUGGCGGCGUCCCUGGCCGCGGCCGGAAGAUGCCGCUUGUGGUGCUGUGCGGGCUGCCGGGCAGCGGGAAGAGCCGCCGGGCCGAGGAGCUGCGGGGGGCGCUGAGCGGGGAGGAGCGGCCGGUGCACGUGGUGGCCGAGGCGGUGGGGGGCCGCGCGGCCUUGCGGGCCGAGGUGGAGCGGCGGCUGAGCCGGCGGGACGUGGUGAUCGUCGACGCGGGGAACGAGCUGAAGAGCUUCCGCUACGAGCUCUACUGCGUGACCAAGCACGCGGGCACGCCGCAUUGCCUGCUGCACUGCGCGGGGGGCGCCCCGCACCCGUCCGCCGGCCCCUUCGAGACCCCGGACUCGCGGAACCGCUGGGACCGGCCCCUCUUCACCGUGCACGGGCAGGAGCCGCUGCCGCUGGCGGAGAUCCGUGGCGCCCUCUUCGAGAGCAGGCCGCCCCCGCCCAACCAGUCCACCCGCUCGCAGCCUCUGCAGUCCGCCGGCUUCCUCCACCAGCUGGACCGGGUCACCCAGGAAGUGCUGGCUGCCGUGCUGGCCGCCCAAAGGAGCGGGGCCCAGCCUGGGGAGCUGAUCCAGGUGGCUGGGGCCAGCGAGGGGCUGGUGCUGAACCGGCCCCUGGGCAUGGCUGAGCUGAGUCGGCUCCGCAGGCAGUUCAUCAGCUACACCAAAAUGCACCCCAGUGAGGAGAACCUGCCCCAGCUGGCCAACAUGUUCCUGCAGUACCUGAGCCGCAGCAUCCAGUGACCCCUGUAGUCUCCCCAGUCCAGCGUCUGAACAGGAGGGCUGGCUAAUGGGGUCCAGUCGCUGGGAGCCGCCACACACCCCAAAAUAAGAGUCUGUGCCAGUGGGAACUUGGCUCUCCCUAGUCAUUGUUCUCCAGUGCCUGGACCAGGAAUUUGUGCUGAUAGACGGGAGGAGGGCCCUGCAUUAGUCAUCAUCAGAGCAAGAGUAUCCAGCCAGAGUGGGUAUGGGGAACCAGCUGUGGUGGUCUAUGAUAUCUGCUAACAGGAGUUGUGGGUGUGCACACACACCACUCCCCCCUAAUAGCAGCCUCAGCAUCUGAGUAGGAAUGCCUAAUAAGGGGAGCUACAGGCAGCUAGCUAUCAAAUCCUCAAGCAUCCAAAAAGUCUACUAAUGGGGGUUAUGGAGAGCCAAACCCCACUAACCAUAUGGUCUCUGCAGUAUCCAAAGAGGAAUGCUACAGGAGAGCUGAGCUCUCAUGCUGCUGCAGCAUCUUAAGGAAGGACAAUCUUUCGUCUGGGUUUUUUCUAAAUAAGGCAAGGAUAAGAUGGAUACAUCAAACUGUACAAAGGAGGCUUUGCUGCUCCGGGAUUGGGACUUGCAGCCUUUUUAAAAACUGCUGGUGUUUUCAAAAGUUUUUCUGAACCCAGGAAAUUGGUCUUCAAAGUUUGGACAGUGGAAACAUGCUUACUUAGUGAACUCAAAUGUCUGGUUCUUUUUUGAAAUCCUGUGCCUGGGAUGGAAUGAAAUAAAAAUAUUUAAUUUACUUUCAAAACAAUUAUUUCAGCAACUUUCUGUGGCUUCCUUUCCAAAGUCAUUAGUAGAUCUUGGGCUAAAUACACUAAUUGUUCAGUUAACAGUAGGUGUUCUCACAAUGAGGAUGAUCUGAAUUGUACUUUGUUAUUACAGUAUCUGCUCUGAUUGCAUACAGCCCUUGGCACUCUCUUUAUAUGCCGUAUUUAAGAGAUUCUAUGGAGAGUUAGUGCAUGGCAAGUGGGGUGUAAAUCUACAUUCUGUAGCGUACUUCCCAGUAACUGCAUGCACCUCCUACUGUGCACUUAAAAUUUCCCUAGUGCUCUGUGAACAGUAGUAGGUCAAAGCACACUAGGUAAUUUUUAGUGAGCACCAGCAUGGGCCAGACAGUUAGUGCAUGAUAUACUAGAGCGCUGUAGAUUUACACCCCAACUUGCCAUGCACUAAUUCCCCUUUAUAGACAUCUCUGCUUCCUACCUCAGCUUUGGAUUCUGUCCUUCUAUUUAACCCUCAUCUUAGUAUGAACCCUCUCCCUGCAUAUGCAUACCUGCUUCUCUUUGCCUUUUGAGGAAGGCUUCCCACCCUAUUAAACAUUCAUUUCUUUGUCUGGAAUGAUGGGAUAAAGUGGAGGGGUCACUUGAGUGAGUACAAAAGUCUAUAUGCUCUGACUGCCUAAUAAUAUCUACCAGUCAGUACAUGGAUUUGUGUAUUGUGAGACUGAAAAAUGACUAUAGUUGCUAUGUAAAGAGAUCUCACUUUGCCCCCUUUGGGAAGUUAAAUUGAAAAGAAUAAAAGCUGGGAAAUGUGUGGUCAAAAGCAAUAAAACAUUUUCUGAGAUCUGAUUUGCUGAGAAUUGUAUUUUAGUAAUUAUAAACCCUUCAAUUUAAAAUCUGUCUAGAAAAUCUUGCCCUUGAUAGUAGUGUGGUACUAGACCAGGUGCUGGCUGGCUGGACUGGGUUCCCUUAUUAAAUGGGAAUCAUUGAUGCUGUUAUAACUUCAGUAUAUCUUUUGGAUAAAUCUAUCACCCUACUGCUGAAGAAAAUUAAAGGGUAAAAUCAGGCUGGGCUACGUGAAUGAAAUCAGUGGAGGUGUAACGUUCUGUUUUCUCAACAUCCCUUAGUAUGUUUGAUGUUCUAAUAUUAGUUUGGGCAGGAAAAUGUGUGUCCAUGUUCUGUGUAUGCUACAGAGAAGCAGCAUCUAUGCUGAUAAUAUAUUUCUGUGGUUAAAAUUGGAAUUGACCAUAUAUUCUUCUCUUAGCACAAUUUCCCCCCUUUCUUGGUACUCAGGACUAUAAUUGGUUAUAACUGGAAGGACGCUUCCAUUCAUACCUCUCAUUCUUUUCUAUAAAUUUAGGUAAUUCAAUGCCAUCAUCCACUGCAAGGUUGAACAAUAUAAUGUAAGGAACAAUCUAGUUUGAACUGAAUCAAGCAUUAGCUCUACCACCACUGCCUUCAGAAGACUUUUACAGUUUAAUAAGCUUAAUUGGCAAAAAUCCCAUGCCACACUCCUCUAACAUCCUGGCUCCUUGCCUGCAUCUAUUGUGUGCUUUCUCUGGUGCCAGCUUACCUUCUGUGUUCUCCAUGUAUCAGUUGUCCCUGCAAAGAUACUGUUACUUUUUACAUGGGGGUAUUUCUUGCCCCAUAUCCCUAUGGCUGCAGCAGCCUCUGGCCCAGUGAAGAGGUUUGGGAUCUUAUCUUACUAAAGGUAUGUGGCCAUUGUGAUGUGGCUUUAAAAAUCCUCCUGUUACAUUUUUCCUUUUACAUGCCACUCUCUUGUUAGAAAAAGACUAUAAGUUGUAAAGAGAGACUGUCAAGUCAAAAAAAAAAUCUUAGAGGUGUGAGGUGGAAAAAAACCUUAAUGUAUCACCUCUUUGCUAAUGCAAGCUUGUUCUCUGCAGAACAUUUUGUGUUUUGUCCUGUCUUCAAGUAUCCCAACUGAUGGUGUGCACUACUUCCUUUUAAGAGAUUAUUUCCACAGCUUAAUGUAUCUAACUGAUGGAGUUCCCCCCUCCCCCCCCGAUAUUCAGAUACAUUUUCUUUUUCUUCAUCAGAUUAUUCCUAGUUAUAAUCCCAUACUUUCUUGCUUAGUUUUUCUUGUAUGCAAACAAAAUCUGGCUAACCCUAUACAGCUGAUUGACUUGCAUGACUUUUUUUUAACAGUUUUUAUAAUAUUCCCCUGCAGUGUUAACAGGCCAAGGGUUAUAGCAUUGUGCUGUUUGCAUGAAAACCUGAAAGUGAUUAUAAAUAAAAGUGAAACUCACUAUAGAUAUGAAAGUAUAUCAUCCAAACCAAGAUACCUGCAGCAAAUGAACAACACGAGUGAAAUCUUGGCCCUGACUGAAGUAAUGAGCAGUAAAUUCAUCUUCUGAAAUUCUUACUUUUAAUGUAAGAUGUCAAAAAAUGCUAUGUAAAAUGUGUUUAAAAAAUUUGACUCCACCUUAUAGUGACCCUCCCCACCGUACAUUUUUCCAUUAAAAUUUUGUUUUCAAGAAAACAAAGGCGGUAUUUACUUUUAUUUUCACUAGCCAGUAAACUUACCUCCAUCAAAGUUGUUUUGGACUACCAUGAUUCAUAUUUAAUUAAAAACUUCAUUCAUUGUAACUUCUUACUCUUGUUACCGAAUCACAAUGUGUGUGUAAAUUGACAUUUGUAGCAGCCCUUUCCUAUGUUCUGCACAGCAUGGUAUGAAAUAUACAUAACUAGAAAUCUAGUUACUACACCAGGCAUGCUCCCUCCCUAAGGCUAACACUUUCAGGUCUGUCUAGAAUGGCUUCAUAUUCCUAUACCCAAAACACCUUAAAAAAAAAAA